CACUGCGCGCGAUGUGAUUGGUCAAAAUCUCGUGGUGCUACCAGCAGUGGACAACAAUCAUGGCCGACCAAGGAGGGUGGCCGUUUUCCUCCGAUCCUUUACCCGAUCUAGGAGCAAGUUUCAAUGUACCUUCAGAUUUAGAAACAACAGGAAUAGGUGACAUAGAUGAUAUGAUGCAAUAUUUGUGUCCUGGUGCACCUCCAGAUGAUUUGUUUGAUGGUCAGUUAUCAGCUAUCAAAACAGACCCAGAUCUACUGUCUCCAGUGCUGGAUGACCCGAACUUAAAUCUUGACAAUUUGGAUGCUCUUCUAAAUUUCAAUGAGCCACAGACACUUAAACCUCCCCCUGAUUACAAGCAAGUAACGCAGCAGCAGCAACCUCUGAGACAGUUGUUUCAACAACAGCCACAAAUUCAACAGAAGCAGCAACAAUCAGUGCAGAAUGUUAAGCAACAGCAGCCACAGCAGUUAUUAUUACAACAGCUAGCACAGCAAGUGGAACAGCAGAAAUUACAAAAUGCCUUGCAGAAUUUACAACGGCAACAGCAGCAGCAGCAACAACAGCAGCAAGCACAAGUUACUUUACAGCAGUUACAACAGUUGUUACUGCAAGCACAGAUGAAGCCAGAUAACUCCCCAAAGGUUGUUACCAUCUCGACCACCUCUCCAGCUCUGAGUAAUCUGAGCAAUGUGAACACUGUGACCACUUCAGUCAACCCUGUCCAAACUGUGGUGACCACUAGCCAAGGCAGCGCAAUACUGACCACUAGUAUCCCUAUACAGCUGGUGGACGCUGAGAAGGUUCCCAUCUCCAGGUUGAAUACAUCUCAGACCAAAAACCCACCCAAAGGAGAGAAGAGGACAGCGCAUAAUGCUAUUGAGAAAAGAUACAGGCUCAGUAUCAAUGAUAAGAUUCUGGAGCUGAAAGACCUUGUGUCAGGGACUGAUGCUAAGUUGAACAAGUCUGCAGUAUUGAGAAAGGCCAUUGAAUAUGUGAAAUACAUGCAACAACAGAACAAUAGAUUGAAGCAGGAAAAUAUGGCUCUCAAGAUGGCCUUGAAGAAGCAGAACAUUGCAGAUUUACUGACCAGUGGUCAAGAAUACUUGACCCCACCUAAUUCUGAGACUGGAUCUCCAAUCCACAGUCCUCCAACCAGUGAUACUGACCAGCCAGUAAGUCCAUGUUCUAGUGAGGACAGCAACUCUUCAGAUGGCAGCAGCAGUCUUACUACCCGUGCCAUGAUGGACAGGUCUCGCAUGGCCCUGUGUGUGUUCAUGUUUGCUAUCUUGGCAUUCAACCCUUUUGGUGCACUGAUGGGCAGUGUGGACAGAGGAAUAGCUGGGGAUUACACAGGGGGACACAUGGGCAGUGCAAGGACGCUUAACAGCCUGGGAAGUGAAGAUCUUGCAAGUGGUCCAGUCAGCUGGUGGGAUUGGUUAUUCCCUUCAGCAUUCAUAUGGAUGUUGAACACAAUACUGGUGUUUGGGGUGCUGGCCCGUAUUCUCAUCUAUGGAGAACCUGUGACCAAGCCCUUAUCUGAAACUUCAGUGCAGUUUUGGCGGCAUCGCAAGCAGGCAGAUAUGGAUUUAGCUCGG